CCCUUAGGAUCGACAGCUUACACUUUAACUUCUCCAUUGUUAACAGCACCAUCCGCUUCAUACUUGCUUUGGAAACUUGUUAUAAUCCAAUGGGAAGAACUCCUUGCUGUGACAAAAAUGGCCUCAAGAAAGGUCCCUGGACUCAAGAAGAAGACCUUAAACUCACCAACUAUAUUCAGGUUCAUGGACCUGGAAACUGGCGUACUCUCCCUAGGAAUGCUGGGCUCCAAAGAUGUGGGAAGAGUUGUCGUCUCAGAUGGACAAACUACCUAAGACCUGAUAUCAAGAGAGGCAGAUUCUCCUUUGAAGAAGAAGAAACUAUAAUUCAACUGCACAGUGUUUUGGGGAACAAGUGGUCGGUCAUUGCCGGUCGCUUGCCGGGAAGGACAGACAACGAGAUCAAGAAUUACUGGAACACUCAUAUAAGGAAAAGGCUUUUGAGAAAUGGAAUCGAUCCGGUGACACAUGCUCCACGGCUUGAUUUUCUUGAACUUUCUUCCAUUCUCGGCUUGACUUUGUGCAGCCAAUCUGUUGUUAACGCGUCCAACUUGUUAGGUGCACAAACUUUCCUAAAUCCUCAGCUGCUAAGCCUAGCCAACACGAUCCUGUCUUUGAAGCAAGAAAACCCAGAAUCAGUGCUGCAAUAUCUCAACCAAAACCAGCUCUGCACCACGUCUGCCGUUCCAUGUACGUCGACGAUGAUAAACCAAACAGGACUCAUGCAGGAAGGGUUUUCUUCCGACAUGACAAACUUGAGCUACCCAAAUUCCCAAGAAAAUUUGACGUCUUCUACUUUAACUAAUGCAUUUAUCGGGCAACCAAACACAACAGUUCCCGUUCUGUCUGAAACUCCGAACAUGCAAUAUUCACUGGAUGGCAAUCAGAAUUAUAGCUUUGAUUCUGUGAGGUCGACGCCGACAUCAAGUCCGACACCUUUGCAUUCAUCAUCUACGUACAUGAACAGGUGCAGUACCGAUGACGAUAUAGAAAGCUUCAGCAGCUUGUUUAAAUUUGAAAUUCCUGAGGGUUUGGAUAUCCAUGAUUUUAUGUAAAUAUUAUACACUUAAUGUUUUGGAUUUGUAAACUAAAUGCACCAUCAUUGUUUAUAA